AUGGGCUCCGGUGUGCUCCCCUCCCACGCAAUCCUGUCGCUGCCGGCAACCACUGCGCCUCGUUCGAGGCUGAGGCUGCCAUUCUCCGUCUCCUCCUCCUCCUUCGCUCCGCAUUGUCUCUCCGUCGCGAGGAUCGCCACGAGCUUCACGCCCGCAGGAGCGGCGAGGCGUGGGAUUCUCUCCGCCGUCCGCGCUGCGGAGGAUGAGGACGCUGCUGCCGUCGCCGUCGAAGUAGGAGGAGACUCGGCGGAGGAAUCCUCGGAGGAGGGAGCUGCCGAGGUCCCAAGGAAGCCCAUAGUCAAGCUCGGGGACAUCAUGGGGGUACUCCCCUAUUCUUUCUCCUCUCCUCCCCCCUCCCUUCUUUCUACGGAUUUUCGGAGAUUUUACCAGUUUGCAUAAUCUACUGCAGAUUUUGCACAAGAGGGCCAUUGAGGCGUCUGAAACAACGAGGCCGGUGCCGGAGCUCAGGACGGGAGACAUUGUAGAGAUCAAACUGGUGAGUGAUUGCAAUAUCUUAAUCAGUUCAUGGCCUUUUCUGUGAUUCCCACGACCAUAAUCAACUUUUUUUUUCUUGAUUCUCCCGACCAUAAGCAAUCUUCUAACUCUGCGUCGAAUUCGCGAUUGUCAACAGGAAGUUCCUGAGAACCGGCGCAGGGUUUCCAUCUACAAGGGCAUCGUGAUGUCGAGGCAGAACGCCGGAAUCCACACGACAAUUCGCAUUCGGAGAAUAAUUGCGGGCAUUGGCGUUGAGAUUGUCUUCCCAAUGUAAGUUGCAUCUUUCCAUUCAUCUCUUCCUGCUACGCCUUGUUCCAUGAGUAGUAAGCGGAUGAAGAUCCACCAUUUUCCUCAAUGAUGACCCUCUUUCCUGCUUAAAACUCUCGGGUGUCGGUCCCAUUUCGUUGUCCUUGAUGUCUGAGUUACCUUCAUUGGCCCCUUUCCUACGAUCUGCUGUCAGAUAAACCUUCCCAAUGUGGUUUGAUGCGGUGAAACAUGUCUGAUCACUAAAAGGUCCAAAACCCGGUCAUCAAAUGGCCCCUUUCUCUUUCAGUGCUAGGUAUUGAUAGAUGUUCUUCUAGUCGCCCAUUCUCCGUUGAAUCCCCUUGUUCGAUCUGUCUUCCGUUUCAAUUCCUACAUUUUUUUUCUUUUCUCCCCCUUUUGGCAUCCGAUCUGUUCUUCAGGAUUUUUGCCUCCACCCAAUAUUCUUCCUCAUUACAUAGAGGCAUAUGGAUUUUUCCAAGGAGUGAUCGACUUCCAGUUGGGCCUUUCCCCCUCUCUCCUUCUGCUACUCCAUUGUUUGAGGAAGCACACGUUUCCCACUGAUUCAUUCUCCUAGUUAGGUUUGCCCUGCCCACAGGGGAUGAGACGCUUCCUAGUCAUUGGCUUGCUUCUACUCAGUGAAAUGCUCUGUUUAGAGGAUGCAGAAAGGAUUUGUGACAGCCGCUCGACCAAUUUUCGCUGUCGAGAACUUGUAUUGGAGCAGCCGUAGCUGACCUGAGAUUCAGAGGUUUUGGCAUUUAUUAAAAAUUGCUCCGCCAUUAGCUGAGGUUGACAUCGAUACAACCCCCACCCCACCCAAACUUUUCCCCCGUAUUUAUUUAUCUAAGGGAAAUGUUUGCUAUCUUGUCUAGGAAACUUUGGCCUCUUAUUUUUAUUUCUGGGUCGGCAAGAAUAUUAUUAUGGGGAAACAUAUGGAUUCUGAUCUAUAGACUCACCUCUGUGCCAUAAUGCCAUAUUCGGUCUUCUGACUGAGCUGUCGAGGACGAGGAAAGACGAGUCGGGUGAUGUGCAGGACAAGUGUGAGGCCUUCCCAGCUAUCUCUUGUUGAGAAGAUGGGAUCUGCAGCUUUCUCACCCAGGGAGAAGAUCAGGAACGCCAAGAAGUGCCUGCCUCAAAUCUGAACCGCUCAUUGAUCCAAGUAAAUAGUGAAAAUGUCAAACGGAGUGAAUAUGUCAUAAAGCUGUCAAAUCUUGAGAUUUUGUUUUUGUAGAUCUCACAGAUUGGAUGGGUUUUGUUAUCUUCUCAUGGUUCGCCCAUCAGUGAUUCCGUCCUCAUAUAAUUGAAGCAAAUUACUCUUUCAUUCUGCGGAUCAUAUGGCAGAAAUUCUUCUGGGAUGUCUGAAAAUCUCUGCUGUCCUCUUCCUCUUCCAUGAUAUUUCUUGCCUGAUUUCUCCUGACCAGAGGACAUAAACUGGUAUGUGAUGUCUCCCCUUUCAGUUACUCACCCAACAUCAAGGAGAUAAAGGUCGUCAAGCACAGGAAGGUUCGGAGGGCGAGGCUGUACUACUUGCGGGACAAGCUCCCCAGGCUUUCAACCUUCAACUGA